UCCCAAUGGAAGUCAUUGAGAAUGUCAUCAAAACAGCAGGAACAGCCCCCAGUGGGGCCCACACAGAGCCCUGGACCUUCGUGGUUGUGAAGGACCCGGACAUGAAACAUCAGAUCCGGGAGAUCAUUGAGGAGGAAGAGAAAAUAAACUACCUGAAAAGGAUGGGACAACGAUGGGUCACAGACCUGAAGAAACUGAGAACUAAUUGGAUUAAAGAGUACUUGGACACAGCUCCCGUUCUGAUUCUCAUUUUCAAACAAGUACACGGUUUUACUGCCAAUGGCAAAAAGAAGGUCCACUACUACAAUGAGAUCAGUGUGUCCAUCGCGUGUGGCAUCCUCCUCGCCGCCCUGCAGAACGCAGGCCUGGUGACGGUCACUACCACUCCUCUCAACUGUGGCCCCCGACUGAGGGUGCUCCUGAGCCGCCCCACAAAUGAGAAGCUGCUGAUGCUGCUGCCCGUGGGGUACCCCAGCAAAGAGGCCACGGUGCCCGACUUGAAGCGGAAACCCCUGGAUCAGGUCAUGGUGACUGUGUAGGCCGGAGACCAGCAGGGAGACGCUGGAGGGGAUGCGGCUGCUCCCGUCUCCUGCUCCUCUGGGGUCUCUGGCUGCCCUUUCUCUGAGCUUAGGCUCCCCAGCACUCCACACCGGGGGGGCAGGGGGGCGGGGCACACUCUGUAUGCAGAAACCUUUCCACGUUCUCCAGCACUUGGAGUCUGAGACCCCUGCUUCUGACAGUGUGAUCCGGGGAACAUAGAGUAA